AGUCCGAUGGACAGACCAAGUGGCGGGGGGCAGGGAAGAAGAUGCUCAUCACGCUUGGUCGCCGAGGAGACAGAUAGAAGAGCAGCGAGCGGAGCGGCCGGAGCAGCUGGCGGUUCCCGGUCUCACGGCUCCGUCCCUAGCUGCCUCUGUCAGCAGCCCUCUGGGUAGCGGGUCUGUCAGCGACGUUACCGUCUACCGGACCGGUCACUGUCUAUAGCAGGAGCGGGUCUGUGACAGGAGCAGCCCAGGCCGUGACACCGGCUCCCUACCGAGCGCUCCCCGGUGACAGACCGGCCGUCUCUAGCGGAGAGUCCCCGACAAGCAGCAGCCCCGGCCGGGACACAUGAUGAAUUACCUGCGGCGGCGCCUGUCGGACAGUAACUUCAUGGCCAACCUGCCCAACGGCUACAUGAGCGACCUGCAGCGGCCGGAGCCCCCCGCCCCGCCGCCCGCCGUCUCCCCGGUGCCGCCCGCCGUGUCUCCGGAGCCCAGCGCCGGGGGCGGCGGCUUCUUCUCAUCCCUCUCCAAUGCGGUGAAGCAGACGACGGCCGCCCUCAGCGAGCAGGUGUCCACGGCGGCCGGGGGGGUGUCCGGGGCGGCGGCCAGAGGGGCCAAGGUGCUGCUGGUGGUGGACGAGCCGCACUCCGACUGGGUGAAGAUUUUUAAAGGGAAGAAAAUCAGCGGAGAGUUUGACAUCAAGGUUGAACAAGCCGAGUUCUCGGAUCUGAACCUGGUGGCCCAUUCUAAUGGAACCUUCUCUGUGGACCUAGAGGUCAUGAGAAACGGCGUGAAGGUGGUCAGGUCUCUGAAGCCAGACUUUGUCCUCAUUCGUCAGCACGCUUUCAGCAUGGCACGGAAUGGAGAUUUCCGCAGCUUGGUGAUCGGCCUGCAAUAUGCCGGCGUACCGAGCCUGAACUCCUUGCACUCAGUAUAUAACUUCUGUGAUAAGCCCUGGGUGUUUUCUCAGCUCGUUCGCCUGCAUAGGAAGCUUGGGCCCGAGGAAUUCCCUCUGAUUGAGCAAACUUACUACCCUAAUCACAAAGAGAUGCUGACCGCCUCCAAGUUUCCAGUGGUGAUCAAGAUGGGCCACGCUCAUUCUGGUAUGGGCAAGGUGAAGGUGGACAACCAGUAUGACUUCCAGGACAUCGCUAGCGUGGUUGCCCUAACUAAAACCUACGCCACUUCUGAACCGUUUAUUGACGCCAAGUAUGAUGUCCGCAUUCAGAAAAUUGGAAAUAAUUACAAAGCCUACAUGAGAACAUCCAUUUCUGGGAACUGGAAAACCAACACGGGGUCGGCCAUGUUGGAGCAGAUCGCUGUGUCUGACAGGUACAAGCUCUGGGUGGACUCCUGUGCGGAAAUAUUCGGGGGUCUGGACAUCUGCGCCGUGGAAGCCCUGCACGGGAAAGACGGCAAGGACCAUAUCAUAGAGGUCGUUGGCUGCUCCAUGCCUUUAAUCGGUGACCAGCAGGAAGAAGACCGGCAACUGAUCGCUGACCUGGUGGUUUGUAAGAUGGCCCAGACUCUUCAGUGCAGCUCCUCCUCCCCGAGCCGCUCCGUGCAUGCACAGCAGCCCCAGGUCCAACCUGUUCACUCCUGGUCUGGGACUCCGAGCCAGCAGCAGAGGCCUUCUCCUCAAGGGGGUCCUCCAGCGGCACAGGGUCCUCCACGACAGGGACCUCCCUCCCAGCAGAGGCCUCCACCUCAAGGACAGCAGCUUCAAGGUUUAGGUCCUCAGCCAUCACCACAUCCACCAAAUCUGCCCAGCCCUGGGGCGCAGCAGCGGCAAAUGAUCCCCCCGCAGCAGCAGCAGCAGCAGCAGCAACCGUCCCCCCAGCAGAUGAGGCCCCAACAGCAGCCAUCACCCCGCCAAUCUCAAUCUCCCCAAAGGCAGCCCAGCCCACAAUCACCCCAACGUCAGCAGCAGACCCCCCCUAUGCCAGCAGGCCCAAAGCCAAUGGGCGUCCAGCCCCCUCCACCUCGGCAACCUGGACCUCCGAGGCAACCAGUUCCUGCAGGACCCCAGCAGAAGCCUCCACCUCCCGUCCUUCAACAGCAGCACGGCAUCCGCCAGCCGGGACAACAGCAGCCACCACCGCAGCAGCAGCAGCGGCAGUCCUCUCCAGGGGGGCCCCAGCAACAGCCGCCCCAGCAGCAGCCGCCACAACCGCAGCAGCCGCCGCCGCCACAACGACCUAUGACCCAGCAGCCCAGGCCUAACCCUCAAGGACCCGGGCAGGGUUCACGUCCUGGUGGGCCCCAAAAGCCUCAAGUGGCUCAGAAGCCGGGCCAAGAGCUGCCCCCACCCCAGCCGCAGCUGAAGUAAGAGCCCUCGAGGUUCUGGGUGGGCCACACAGUAAGUCCCAGUCCCUCACCAACUCCUUCACCCUUGCAGACUCGCCAGCUCCACGUUCCAGUCUUAGUCACGACGAGGUGAAAGCCGAAACGAUCCGCAACCUGAGGAAAUCCUUCGCCAGUCUCUUCUCAGACUGAAGGGGAUCACAUCUCUCCCAACGCCACAUCUCUCCCACCGGCUCUGUGUAGUGUCCCGCUCCCUUCACCUGUGUGCACGGCUUAACUCCUUGAAAACAAAAAAAAACAACAAAAACUGAAAAAAAUAAAAAAAAUGCAGAGGAAGAGGUAGAUAUGGAGAUCACGAGAGGAAGACCCCUUCCCCGCCACCUAGAAAUACCGUCGUAUGGAACAGCAGAGCCGAGAGAGCUCCUGCAGCGGUACCACCCUUAGGACCUUCGUAGAGAAUGCAUGACGAGACGAGGGUGCGGGCACAGGGCGUGCCAGUCCUCCGUGUACAUACGUGUAUACAGACGCGGCUGACGCUCCUUUUUUUUUGUAUAUGUUGUGUGUUUUUCCCGCUGCUCUCCUGCCGGCCGCUCUCCGUAUCUAUCCCUCCCGGUUCCGUCAGUUCUUUUGAAACGUGGUGUGUUGCGGUGUUCCUGCCUGUGAGCCCCCCCCCCCCCCUCCUCCCACAAAUAUUCUGUUGACCUCUCCCCUCAAAAAUGACCCCUUUUUCCUUUCAUGGCCUAAUUUUGUCUCCCCUUCUCAUGGCUGCGCCCCCCGCUGUGUUCCCCUCCACCCCCGGUCUACUUUUCGUGUGACGGUAACACUGUUGUGAUGUGCGUGCUCUGCAGCUUGCCGUGCGGUUACUAUCGUGAUAUGAUCGUCCUAAGUAUUCAGAGUAAUAUAUUAUAUUAUGACUAUAUUAAAGAACUUAUUCCAUGGCCCGCACGGAGCGGGCGCCAUGACAUGUGCGUGUAACGUGUGUCAGCGUUUGUGUGCAAAAGUGAAACAGCCGCCCCCCAAGGGGGGGGCACGAAAAUGUGAUUUGUCCGAAUUAAAUUAUUCUCUGAAAGCAAAA